AUGAGCGCUGUUCGGCAGCCGGCUAUUUUGUGUGCAGGGUAUGACGUAUUUCGCGAGCCGACGUCACAGGCGGUGACGUCGGCUCGCGCGCGAGCCGAGCGCCAACGACAAACUAACGGGAACCCUCGGACACCCUCAGUGAAAUGCUCGCAAUUUGAUCAAGUUUGAUGCUGUUUAUCACAUUUUUAGUGCAUAGAGAAUAGUUUGACAAGCAUCUCUCCUGCCGCACGUCUAAAGACUCCGCCGUCAGCCAAUGGCCCGCGUGGACCGCGGCGCAGGCAUCGGCAACCGCGGCCACGGCAUUGAGCUCGACGAGAACGCCUCGGACGAGUCCGACUUUUUCCUGGUGCAGACCGGACGCGGCGACAGCACCAUUCACAAGAUUCGGCCGGCCGGCUUCGCCACGGUGCCGGCCGGCGGCGCGCCGCUCAGGGAGGCGCUGCCGCACCCGGGCCGCAACAGCUCGCCCUCCUUCUCCAACACGGGCACGGUGCCGGCAGCGCCGCCGCCGCCCUCCAGCGUCACCCGGAAACGGAAAAUCGAAAAGGAGGAGAAGGACAGUGCCGAGCGCGAGGGUCGCAAGACGCGCACCGACCAGCACCACGGCGGCGCCGGCCACGGCGUGCCGAUGGUGUUCGAAAAACAGUAUCUGCGCGUCGAGCACUCGCCUGUCGACGGGGACAAGAUCGCGCACUGGCAGGGCGGCGCAGAUGUGGACCAGGGCCUGGCCGCCGACUUCGACGACUCCCUUUCCGGCCUGGGCGUCAACCUGUCGUCCACCACGUACAACAUGAGCGAGGCUCUGCUGGCGCUGCCCAACAUAUCAAACAUGUCCACACUGCUCAAGAAUGAGGCCGCUUCAUUGCCAUCCGAUUCAAACUCGCUGCACCAGAACAUCGGCGAGACGCUGUCGCCGUCGCUGCUGACGGACGUCUCCAGCGCCGAGGACAUCGCCGGCGGCGACGGCGCCUCGCCAGGCCGCCCAGCCGCCGCCGUGGUCGUCGCCGACUCCCAGAAGCGUCAGCAUCACAGGUUUCAGUACGUCCUGAACGCGGCCACCUCGAUCGCCACCAAGGUCAACGAAGAGACGCUGACCUACCUCAACCAGGGACAGAGCUACGAAAUCCGCAUCAAAAAGCUGGGUGACCUCACCUCCUGCAGCGACGCCAUUUUUCGGACAAAGUUGAAGCUGUGUUUCCAUGAGCGGCGACUGCAAUACAUCGAGAAGGAGCAGCUGGACGCGUGGAGGACCUCUCGGCCCGGCGACCGGCUGCUCGAGGUCGACCUGCCCCUGUCCUACGGCAUUUUUGACGUGCGGCAGGAUCGGAACCAGCUCAACUGCUGCGAGUUCCUCUGGAGCCCCAACAAGGACGUGGGUGUCUACGUCAAGGUCCAUUCUGUGAGUACAGAGUUCACGCCCAAGAAGCAUGGUGGCGAGAAGGGCGUACCGUUCCGGAUUCAGGCCGAGACCUACAGCGGCGCCGACUCUUUCGGCGCCCUGCUGCACUGCGCCGCCUCGCAGGUCAAAGUGUUCAAGCUCAAGGGCGCCGACCGCAAGCACAAACAGGACCGUGAGCGGUUCAUGAAGCGGCCCGCCUCCGAGAUGGGCAAGUACCAGCCGUCCUACGACUGCACGGUGCUGACGGAGAUGCCUGUGGAGCUGGUGUACAGUCCGCAGCUGCCGCCCACCUCGGCCGGCCCGAGCAAGGCGCCGCCGCCGGCGCCGGCGCCGGCGGUGUCCUCCGCCCGGCUGCCCAACGUGUCGCCGCCGCCGCCGCCGGCCGUCUCUGUGGCCGCCGCCGUCACGCCCGCCGCCUGCGCGGAGGUCGAGUACAAGCAGCAGUGGUCCCAGCCCAGCUCCAGCCCCACCGACAGCAUGAACGAGGACGAGGGCCCCCAGAGGAGCGGCGCCGCCGGCACGGAGGUGCCCAUGUCGGACGUGCUGUCGGCGCGCGCUACCGCCGAGCAGACGCACGCUUGGCUGCAGCGGCGCCGGUUCGGGCCGCACGCCACCGCUCUCUGCAACUUCACCGGCGCCGACCUGAUGCGGCUCUCGCGCGACGACGUGGUGCAGCUGUGCGGCCUGGCCGACGGUGUGCGGCUCUACAACAGCCUGCACAACAAGCUGAUCGUGCCGCGGCUGACGGUGUACGUGUGCGUGCCGCCGGCGCCGCUCUACCACGCCUUCUACCUGUACCAGACCACCCACUCGGAGAUCAGCCGCAAGCUGGCUGCCCUGCUGGGCUGCAGCUCGUCCCAGCUGCGCCAGGUGUGCGUCGAGGGGCCGGGCGGCGUGCCCGUGCUGAUGACAGACGAGGUGGUGAGGCAUCUUCAGAACGAAUCUCUGUAUAUGAUUGAAACUAUACCCGUGUCUCAGGAGAGCAGCGACCGGCUGGACCUGGUGCUGCACCGAACUGUGACGCGCAGUCCGCCGCCCAGCACCGGCGGCGGCGGCGGCGGUGGACCCUCUGCCGCCAGCUCGCCUCUCAGCAGGCAAUAACUGGCGCACGGCGGGCUGGCCCCCGCACACAAACACAAACACGUACACACACUCACACAUUGCUGCUGGCGGAGCGUCCCGGCGUCCCGGCGCGGCGCGUCUCACCGUCUGUCUGUCCGCGCUGCGCGGCACACCGGAUAGUGAAGACCAGGGAGGUGGGGCCGCACUGUGGCCGCCUACUGGAGGAGCAGACACCUAUUUUGAACCGUGACACGGGUCGGAAGCAGGUACCGGAAUGAGCGAGAGGCGACUCACAGUACCCUGACGUCAGAUGAACCGGUUAAAGGGAACUAGUCACUCAAAAGGAAGGAAUCUUAGUUGAGCGAACAUCGUUGCAUUUACUUUGGUGAAUCCCCAUUUUGAAAGAAAUGUAUUUUCUUUUCUAUCUGAAACACAUUUUUGAGUUAGAGUAGCGAAGCAGCGCGGGUCCAACUAUUGGUAUAUCAGAGCUACUAGCGACGAGUUUCACUAGAGCGUUGGGCUUUGCUUGCCUUACGUACGCCUCUGGAGCGCCGCAGGCCAGAGCUGACCCCGGCUGGUCUCAUUCCGUGCCGUAUUAAUCUAGUGUCGACAGUGGAUUGACCGAUUGCGAGCUGUGUCCUCGACUGUGACUGGAUAAAAACAUCAUCAUUGAUAGCAUUGUGCAUGUCGCAGUUAUGAAAAUACAUUGUCGAUUAAUGUAGCUUCAGAGUUCAGACGCGGUCAUUUGGCGGCAUCAGUUCAUUAUACAGAAUUUCAUGUAGUUUGCAUCAUGGACGUGAUCCUGAGAUAGUGACUAGUUUCCUUUAACUCUGGGGGCUGGCGUCGUUGCUUGGCUGCAGAGCUACUGAUGUAUGAAUACAGUCUUGGGUGGCUAGCUUCUGAUAUCGGCUAGCACCGGUCUGGAGGCGGCUAGCACCGGUGUUCAGACAGCUGGUGUCAGCCUGAGGGCGGUCAGCGGUGGUCUGAGAACGGCUGGUGUCAGCCUGAGGGCGGUCAGCGGUGGUCUGAGAACGGCUGGCGUCAUCCCGAGGGCGGCUGGCGUCAGCCUGAGACAGCAGCUGGCGUCAUCCCGAGGGCGGCUGACGCCAUCCUGGGACAGCAGCUGGCGUCAGCCCGAGGGCGGCUGGUGUCAGCCCGAGGGCGGCUGGUGUCAUCCCGAGGGCGGUCGGCGGUGGCGGGUCUGUCCCGGGGCAGAGGCGACCGGCGCAGUCCCGGGGCAGAGGCGACCGGCGCAGUCCCGGGCGCGCGCACCAGGCAGCGGUGUGCCGUGGGACGCGGCGGCAGGGGAGGCGGCUCGCUCGCACCGGGGGGACGGGGAGAUCGGGGUGCCGUGGAGCACCCCUGGCUGUGUGGUUGCGAGGCUGUUGGGUGUGCGCGGGCGGUCCAGUCUGCCGGGUGCGGAGUGGACCGGCCGUGAGAGCGACCGGCGGCGCCGGAGCCGGCCCGCCAGCUCACCGGCCGGCCGGCCGGCUCCGGCGCGCCUACACAGGGCCAUACCGGUCGUCUGAGUAUCCCAGGUGACUUCAGUGUGUGUGUGAAAUCAUAUACGUACGAUGUUUGAUGGUGCAGUGUUUGUGUGUGCGAGUGUGGAACAGCGGUUCAUCCGUUUCAUCGGUUCGGCUCACCAACACCGUGUUAGUCGAAAAUGUCAAAACUUGCAGUACAAACAGAGUUUGCGGAAAAAAACGCAACUGCCUACAAAAAGAUACGUUCUUCAAAUAUUUCGCAAUUUGAUGCUAUUUUAGCAGCCUGAGCCAUCGCUUAGUUUUAGGUGUGCUGAUGCUUUGUCAUGUUUGAUGUCAGUAAACGUUCAAAACGAUUGUUGGUAUAUGUUGCCCUUGUCAGGUAGUUUGUAACCGUUGGGGUUUUCGGCAUGCUAGUAUACAUAAUUUUGAUUUGAGUAUUGUUAUACUCGGUAUUUAGCAGUUAAGAUAUGGCUCCAUCGAGGCUUACUUCACGUCAAAAUUGUGAGGAUCGGUUAUUUCAUCCUUGCAAUUUUAUAUCGUGAAGUUGGCUUCGGCUUUCCUGUAUCGUCGCGAAUGUUGCGCUUCAUGUCGUGUGCCAUAUGUUCUGUGCAGAGAUUACUUAUUGGCGUUUUCGUGUUUCGGAUCUCGCGAGCCGGACUCACUCGAAACAGAUUCAUGACGCCGCUUUGACCAACUCGCGGACCCAAUCUACAAAGCGAUUGAAGACUUGUCAGAAUCAUGGCGCCCACUAAGCCCCUCGGGGAAUACAGAUUGAGUGUUUCAUACUUGUUUACGUGACGUCAGACGUGUACGGGGCAACCUUGUGCCGCGCGUCCGGCCGCCAGUUCCCGAUAUCCUCCGUUAGCAAAUCCGUGCAAUGGCCCCGGGCGCCGCCACCGGUCGGCCCCGGCCUCCGGCCAACCAACCAGCCGUCCAACCGGCACCGUGUGUGCUCGCACUCGCUCCCACACACCUGACCAGUGCGUCGCUGGACGCCUGACUGCGCGCCGCUCAGCGCUGGAAAUACUUGGCGAAAAUGUCUGCUAUCAUUUGUUGUGUCGCAUGAGAAGAUAUUUUAAUAUAUCUGCGCUGUCAA